CCGGGGCCGGGGCAGCGGCGGCCGCGCCGGGCAUGGAGCUCGCAAGCCCGCGCUGAGGCGGGACGCGCCUGCUGGCCGCGAGCGAGAGGCUCUCCGCCGUGCGGCGCGCGGGCUCCGGGCCGGGGCCGGGCAAACUUUUCUUUCUCUUUUGCCCUCUCCAGAGGCGCCUUCUGCGGCGGGCGGACCGACUCCUCGGCGCGGCGGGGCCGGGGCAGGCUGGACGCGGCAUGAUGCGCGCAGUGUGGGAGGCGCUGGCGGCGCUGGCGGCGGUGGCGUGCCUGGUGGGCGCGGUGCGCGGCGGGCCCGGGCUCAGCAUGUUCUCCGGCCAGGCGGCGCAGCCCGACCCCUGCUCGGACGAGAACGGCCACCCGCGCCGCUGCAUCCCCGACUUCGUCAACGCGGCCUUCGGCAAGGACGUGCGCGUGUCCAGCACCUGCGGCCGGCCCCCGGCGCGCUACUGCGUGGUGAGCGAGCGCGGCGAGGAGCGGCUGCGCUCCUGCCACCUUUGCAACGCGUCCGACCCCAAGAAGGCGCACCCGCCCGCCUUCCUGACCGACCUCAACAACCCGCACAACCUGACGUGCUGGCAGUCCGAGAACUACCUGCAGUUCCCGCACAACGUCACGCUCACGCUGUCGCUCGGCAAGAAGUUCGAGGUGACCUACGUGAGCCUGCAGUUCUGCUCGCCGCGGCCCGAGUCCAUGGCCAUCUACAAGUCCAUGGACUACGGGCGCACGUGGGUGCCCUUCCAGUUCUACUCCACGCAGUGCCGCAAGAUGUACAACCGGCCGCACCGCGCGCCCAUCACCAAGCAGAACGAGCAGGAGGCCGUGUGCACCGACUCGCACACCGACAUGCGCCCGCUCUCCGGCGGCCUCAUCGCCUUCAGCACGCUGGACGGGCGGCCCUCGGCGCACGACUUCGACAACUCGCCGGUGCUCCAGGACUGGGUCACGGCCACCGACAUCCGCGUGGCCUUCAGCCGCCUGCACACGUUCGGCGACGAGAACGAGGACGACUCGGAGCUGGCGCGCGACUCGUACUUCUACGCCGUGUCCGACCUGCAGGUGGGCGGCCGCUGCAAGUGCAACGGCCACGCGGCCCGCUGCGUGCGCGACCGCGACGACAGCCUGGUGUGCGACUGCAGGCACAACACGGCCGGCCCGGAAUGCGACCGCUGCAAGCCGUUCCACUACGACCGGCCCUGGCAGCGCGCCACGGCCCGCGAGGCCAACGAGUGCGUGGCCUGUAACUGUAACCUGCACGCCCGGCGCUGCCGCUUCAACACGGAGCUGUACAAGCUGUCGGGGCGCAAGAGCGGGGGCGUCUGCCUCAACUGUCGCCACAACACCGCCGGCCGCCACUGCCACUACUGCAAGGAGGGCUACUACCGCGACAUGGGCAAGCCCGUCACCCACCGGAAGGCCUGCAAAGCCUGUGAUUGCCACCCCGUGGGUGCUGCUGGCAAGACCUGCAACCAGACCACCGGCCAGUGUCCCUGCAAGGACGGCGUGACCGGCAUUACCUGCAACCGUUGUGCCAAAGGCUACCAGCAGAGCCGCUCCCCCAUCGCCCCCUGCAUAAAGAUCCCCGUGGCACCCCCGACCACCGCAGCCAGCAGCGUGGAGGAACCGGAAGACUGCGAUUCCUACUGCAAGGCCUCGAAAGGGAAGCUGAAGAUUAACAUGAAAAAGUACUGCAGGAAGGACUAUGCGGUCCAGAUCCACAUCCUGAAGGCGGAUAAAGCGGGGGACUGGUGGAAGUUCACGGUGAACAUCAUCUCCGUGUACAAGCAGGGCACGAGCCGCAUCCGCCGCGGUGACCAGAGCCUGUGGAUCCGCUCGCGGGACAUCGCCUGCAAGUGUCCCAAAAUCAAGCCCCUCAAGAAGUACCUGCUCCUGGGCAACGCGGAGGACUCGCCCGACCAGAGCGGCAUCGUGGCGGACAAGAGCAGCCUGGUGAUCCAAUGGCGGGACACGUGGGCGCGGCGGCUGCGCAAGUUCCAGCAGCGCGAGAAGAAGGGCAAGUGCAAGAAGGCCUAGCGCGGAGGCAGCGGCGCGCCGGGAGGGCGGGCGGGCGGGGCCGAGCGCGAGCGCGCUUUCCCGGGCGAAGGGGGCGGGGAGGGGGCGGGGCCGUAGCGGGGCGGGGCUCCGGCCGCGGCCCCGCCCCCCGCCCCGCCCCCGCCGCGCGCCCGGGGCGGGAGAGAUGAGGACGAGACUUAGCUACCUCACGGGCUCCUUCCAGAGCAGCGGCGCGCUCCCCGGGAGGGGCGGGGCCGACGAGGGGGCGGGGCCGCGUGGUCCCGGCUGGGGCGGGGCGGGGCGGGGCGGGGCGGGGGGGGGCGGAGGGCGGGCGCACAGCCGCGCAGGUGGGGUGGCCCCCGGAGAAGGGGACGUGAGAACUGUGAACCCGGGGCCGGGGGGGCCGAGCGAGCCCGGCCGCCCACCACCCGGGACACAGAAGACCGAGACGCCCCUGCUUCCCCCUGACCCUCCUUUGUCUGGGGAUCCCCACACGGGACCCCUGGCUGCGACAACUUGGGCCCCCGUCUGAAGGGGCCUGCAGGCACUUGGGGGCGGCCGGAGCGGUGUGUCCCCCCAGCAGUCCCCGGGCGGCCUGUGGCCUCCGCUGCCACCUGCUGAGUCGGUCCUCCAGGGGGGUCGUGGGGUGGGGUGGGGGUUCUAGUUCGCGGAGGCAGAGGAGCGGAGCGCGGGGUCCGCGCCUGUCACCGCCCAGCUGUGCGAUGGGUGCCGGCCCGGAAUUCUGGCCCGUGCCGAGGGCAGUGGGCCCAAGGACACCCCUGAGCAGCCCCAGCCGGGUGGUCACCGCCUCACGUUAGAGCUGCCUGUUGGAGGAGGCACCGCGGAGGCAAAACCUCCCAGAGAGUUUCCUUUCUGGAAACUUGGAACCAGCCCCUUUAUGACAUUUUCCAGGGGAGGGAGAAGGGGCAGUGACACUAUUUGUGUAAUGACGUCAGCUGCUGGGAAGGGCCUGGACGGCGUGGAAUGCAGGUUUGCACAAGCAGUUGGGCCUGGCUGGGGGAAGGGGGCUUGCCCGAGGCCAGCCAGGGUUUGCACGCUCAGCGAGGUGCCAGGGUGCGCGAGCCUCGGGCGGGCCGGGGCAGGGAUGACCAGGUUCCCGUGGGCCAAGGAAGCCGUGACCACUUCGUGUGACUGCCCUCACUCCCGGGUCCUCCCCCUCUCCCCGGGGGAAGGGACAGAGGCUGCUGGACCAAGAAUGCCUGCUGCGGCCCCCCCUCCCGCCCCCCGGCUCCGGGCUGCCCUCCAUAGCCGUCUUGGCCUAGCCCCGCAGCACCCGGACCCUCCGCUCGCCUCACGCAGAGCCCGUUCCUGAGCCCUGGGGCCUUCUGCCGCCCUGCCCUGGAGCUCUCUGCACUGCCCAGCGGCUCCGGCCCACGUCCUCGCCCCCGCCAAACCGAGUUCCGGACCCGGCUCCCCUCUCCGUCAGGAAAUCGGUUUCAUUUUCCCUGCUCAGAAGGGUCCUACCGAGUCUGAAGCUGGGCCCCUCGCGGUCUGGGUCUCCUCUGCCUCCCCCGCAUUGGCCCGCGUCGCGGCGGCCUUCUACUGAGCACCUGCUCCGUGCCAGGCACUUUACCCACGUGCUGUCACAUUUCCCUCAUGACAGCCCCGAGACAGGGAGGGAUUCUCACCCCACUUUGCCAGAGAGGAAGAGGCAGGGCCGGGUUCAGGCUCCAGAACCAGGCCUCCUGGCCACGCUGCCCCUCGGUGCACGCCACCCCGUGGCCGACGCACCCGGUUUCCGGAGCAGGCUGUGACAGGGCGCUCCCGGCUGAGACCCUGGCCCUGGUCACUGCACGCAGCCUGGGGAACAGAAGGGGAAGGGAGGGACGGGCACGGUAACCUCUUGAGAGGUGAUGGCAAGAAUGGGGGAGGCGGCACCGGGUCCCAGGAGGCAGGCCUUGGCGAAUCCUGAGACUUAACAGAAAGGACGUUUGGCCGCCCGGGGGUGUUUGGAGGGAUCCCAGGAGAGACCGGGAGAGAAGCCUAAGAGGGCAGGGAGAAGGCAGAGCCGCCUUGGGAAGGAAUAGCGAGGCCCAAGGCUGGGUGCAUAGGGACGUCCCCUGCAGGCAGCCGGCCCUCCUCGAGGCCCAGCCUGCUUCGCUGAGCGCCGUCAGCCUCUCUGGGGCCUCUGGGGCCUCCGCACUUGCUGCGCCCGGUCCCUGGAAGGCACCACGCCGCCACCAGGGCCCUGUCUUGUUUCUGUUCCCGCUGGCCUGGCUUCUUCACCCUGCCCAGAAGGGCUGUGCCCUCCUGGGUCUCAGUGUCCCCACCACGUCCACAGAGGGGCUGGCCCUGCUGGUCUCCGAGGCCCCCUCUGCCCUGGAGGCCUCAGGCGACAGCGGCCUGCUCGGAAAUUCAACCAGCCUCCGGCCUCAGCCUCUGCCCAGAACCCCCAGGGUAGGAGCCGCCCCAUCCACCCGUGGCCUGGCCCUCCCCACCCUGGUCACCCGUGGGGGUGAGGGGCUGGGGACUUCGGUCCUCCCAGCCUGCGUUCCCCAUCUCGAGGACCGGGCCAGAACCCGGCCCUCCGCUGCUCUGAUUCCAGCCACCGACUCUGGCAGCGAGGGCCCCGUCCUCGGGAAAGCAGCCUCUGCCGGCCGCCCGCCUCCCUGGGAGGAGAGGGAAGUAGGAACUGAGGCGUUCCGGUUUGUACAGUUAGGAAGGGAUGUAAAAUGGAACUAGACUUUGAAGAGUGUAUUAACCAGAGUUGUGCUAUGUAGGUGUUCGAAGAAAAACAUGCCUGAUUAGUUUUUAAAACAAAAACAGGUCGCCCACCUGCCCUUUUUCUCACCUGCUGGGUGGUCUGGAGCCCCUGACAGCACAGUGCCUCCUUUACCGACACCUGGGAACACUAACGAUGUGGGGGUUGGGGGGGGCGGGAUGCGGUGCUGUCCCUGGACUCGCCUGCAGGGGUGGCUUCUGUCCUGAGAGCAGCCCCAGGCGCCCAGGGACAGGAACGAUGCCUCCCGGGAGGGACGGCUGUGGCGCCCCAAGGCCCUUCGUGUCCUCCUGGACCUCAGCCUCCGCAGCAGCACGCUGGAAAAGGGGACCCACUUCCUUGGGUUUGCCCCAGAUUGGAAUAAAGCUGAGAUCAAGGAGUCCCCAAGGGAGCAGGAAAUGGCCCCUUGGGGGCACUGGAAAAUGUCAGGGUGUCAAUACUUAAAGGAAGCCCCAGCCCCUCCCAGAGAGAGACUGGCGAGCGGGUGAACCAGACCCGUGGACGGGGUCGCUGGGCCACGGGCCACGGCCACGCCAUACACUAGGGGUGUCCAAAUGUGUUCUCGUGGGGCCCCGCCCCCCAGCCCAAACCAAGCUGGCCCCACCCCCACUUACGUCAUCGGACCGCUCUUCUCCUGAAGGCACUCUUGUCCCCCCACCCCUCCCCACCCCCUCCAGAUCCCUCCUGCCUUCUGAGUUCUGUUCGCUCGGAAUUGUAAAUGUUUAGUUUGACCAUGACAUAUUGUUUGGGUCAGUGUUCCUUUCCAAUGCAUACUAAUAUAUUAUGGUUAUUAUAUAUGAAUAUAUUUAAUGACAUGGACAAAGUUGUGGAUUUUCUUUUUUUUUUUUUUUUAAGUUUCUUUUUUUGUUUCUGGUUUUUGUUUUUUGUUAGAGUUGUAAUGGACCCAGACGGAACUUGUAACAUGGGCCCUACAUGAUAGAACUAAGUUCAGAUAUCAAUUAAAUAAACUCUCGUACACUGUU